UGACGGCACUGUGAGGAAUCUCCGUUGCAGCACAAGCCUCAAAAAACGGCCCUCAAAGGCGACCUUCCUGUAUUAUGGUAUGGAUCAGGGCAGGUACCGCUGCAUUCGGGUGGGAAUAUCCUACGAGAAAACUGUCAAAGACACGCAUAUAAACAGUCGGUGGUUCGUCAAUAUUCCCACGGGUAUCUCUCAGGUAUACCGCAAUCCCCACAACACAACACCUAUCCCCAACCAGUGCACCGCUUUGAAGGUGGGACUGUGUCACUCUGUCAUACCGCUUCCCUGCCUCGCCUUUUGGCCAGCUGUAGGGCAAUUGUCAAUUCACGACUUCCAUAUCCCGACACGAGGGCGAUAACGAAAUGUCAAGGCCUAACGAAGAGGAGAUAAAGCUGAACGAGGUGGUCGUGGAGUCCACCGCCGCCGUCCCACCAGCCAUCCCCGGCGACAUCGCAAAACUCCCCGCCGAUGGCUUUGCCGCCGCAACCGAGGCCGCUACGGAGCCUCUGGACGCCAAAGCGCCGGCGGCUAAAGGCUUCUGGGCUAAAUUGAAAGCGAAAAAGGCCGAGCCCAAAAAGGACCCAGGCCCGCCGCCUGUCCCCGUCUUCCAACUCUUCCGCUUUGCGUCGCAGUCCGACAAGUUGAUGAUUAUCACCGCCUGCCUGUUCAGCGCGGGUGUCGGUGCGUUGAUGCCGGUGUCGAUUUUGAUUAUUGGAGAUGUGCUGGGAAACUUCUCGGGACAAUCGACCGGUGCCAUCCCGGCGGGCUUUGAUCUGGUCGGCGCGAUGGUUCCGACGAUUCUGAAGUUCGUGUAUUUGGGAUGUGCGACAUUGAUCGGUGGAUACCUCACGCAGAUGUUUUGGGUGUUGACUGGAGAGAAUCAGGCCAAGCGCAUUCGUGAACUCUAUGUUCACAGCAUCCUCCGCCAAAACAUCGGGUGGUUUGACAUGGCCGAGGAAGGGUCCCUCACCACCCGUCUCGCCCAGGACACGCAACUGAUCCAGGACGGUAUCUCGGAGAAGGCCGGUUUGAUUAUCCAGACGCUCGCUGGUUUCGUCGCUGGUUUCGUUAUUGCGUUCUUGAAGGGAUGGAAGCUUGCUGUUGUCAUGUUGGCCUCUUUGCCUGUUAUGGGUAUUGUUGGCGGUAUCAUGAUUGCGAUCGUGACCAAGUAUGUUGGAAAGGGACAGGAUGCUUACGCCGAUGCCGGGGCAGUCGCCGAGCAAAUCAUCGCAGGAAUCCGUACCGUCUAUUCGUUCUCCCUGCAAAGCCGUUUCCAGCGCAAAUACGAAGUGGAGCUCGCAAAGGCGUACCAGGCCGACCUGAAGAAGGGAAUGGGAAUCGGAGCAGGCUUCGGUUCUUUCAUGUUGACCCUCUUCUGCACUUACGGGCUGGCCUUCUGGUAUGGGUCCCGCUUGGUCAUCAAUGGAGAGAUGGAGGGCGCCCAGGUCAUGGUUGUCUUCUUUUCUAUGUUGAUGGGUGCAAUGUCCCUCAUUAUGCUCCCACCCAAUCUCUCCGCCAUGUCCUCCGCCCGAGGCGCCGCCUCGAAAAUUUACGCAACAAUCGACCGUGUCCCCACCAUCGAUUCCGGCUCCGACGCCGGCCUCAAACCCACUAAAACCGCGGGCGAAAUCGAGCUUCGCAAUGUCAACUUCCACUACCCCUCCCGCCCGGACGUCAAAAUCUUCAACGACCUCACGCUCACCAUCAAGCCUGGAAGCACUGUGGCGUUCGUUGGACCCUCGGGCUCUGGCAAGAGUACCACUGUCUCCAUGGUCCAGCGGUUUUACGACCCGACCUCAGGCAGUGUCUUAUUGGAUGGCAACGACCUGAAGGAUUUGAACGUCAAAUGGCUUCGUCAGCAGAUUGGUGUCGUUGGACAGGAACCUGUGCUCUUCAACAUGAGCAUCAAGCAGAACAUCUUGAUGGGCGCCGUGGAUGAGGUUACGGAAGGGGACCUGAUUGAGGCGGCCAAGAAGGCCAACUGUCAUAACUUCAUUAUGAAGUUGCCGAAGAAGUAUGAUACCCUUGUCGGCUCUGGAAUGUUGUCGGGAGGACAGAAACAGCGUGUCGCGAUUGCAAGGGCUCUGAUCAAGAACCCCAAGAUCUUGCUGUUGGACGAAGCCACGUCAGCACUCGACACCGCCAGCGAGCGCCUCGUGCAAGCCGCUUUGGACGCCGCUUCCGCAAACCGCACCACCAUUGUGGUCGCACAUCGUCUCUCAACCAUUCGCAACGCCGAUCUCAUUGUCGUGAUGGACAAGGGUAACCUAGUGGAGAAGGGCACCCACGACGAACUCGUCGCGCUGAACGGUGUUUACAACCAGCUGGUUCUCAAGCAAAAGAUCAAGACCCGCGAUGACGACAAGUCGCAGCAUCACAACGGUGGUGGAUCACCACCGGAAUAUGACGACGACGUUGUGAAUACCCAAGCGGUAACCAAAGACGACGACAUGAAGGACUCUGCCAUCGUGGAUAUGACCGUGGAAACGGGCACCGGUCUCGACAAGAAGCUCAAGCUGUUCGACAAGCACACCCUCGCCCGCCAAGCAUCCAUGAUCAGACGACAAGAAGAGGCCGAGAAGAAGACCGUUACCGCCAAGAUCGAAGAUGCGUACAUGUGGCGCGUCGUGCAGAUGAUGCGCCCCGAGUGGCAGUGGUUAGCACUCGGAUGCACAGCUGCCGCCAUCGCCGGGUGCGUGUUCCCCGUGUUCGGAUACACAUUAGCGAAAGUCGUCACCGUCCUCCUCUACAAGGAUCCCGCCAAGAUCGACCCGGGACCGUUCCAGGGCGCCAACCUGUACGCGUUCAUCUUUGUGCUGAUUGGGUUCACGGCGUUCUUCUCGUUCUUUGGACAAGUUUACAUCUUUGAGCGCGCGGGUGCGGCGCUUACGAGGAGAUUGAGGGCUGAGGCUAUGCAUGCACUUAUGCGACAAGAGGUUGGGUUCUUUGACCAGGAGGGCAACUCGCUGGGAGCGUUGACAUCGCGAUUGGCGACGGAUGCUGCCGCCGUUUGUGACAUGAUCACCAAAGUCUGGGGCGACGUUGUGCAAUUGGUUGUUACCGCCAUCGCCGGUCUGGUCAUCGGCUUCGUACACACAUGGCAGCUCACCCUCAUCGUCCUGUGCGCGGUUCCCUUCCUCCUCGGCGCUUCCAUGUACGAGUCCAAGAUCCACCGCGGGUUCGAAGACAAGACCAAGAAGUCCUACGAAAUGUCUGGCGACGUUGCUUCUGAAGCCAUCAAGAACAUCCGUACGGUGAGCUCCCUUUCCAAAGAAGACUACUUCGAAAGCAAGUUCGCCGCCGCUAUCGAACGCCCUCACUACCUCGCCCGCCGCAAGGCGUUCCUGUCCUCCCUUGGACACGGUGCCAACCAGGGAUUCCAGAUGUUCACCAACGCCCUUGGAUUCUACGCCGGUAUCCGCCUCAUCGAAUCUGGCACAGUCGACUUUGAAAGGAUGUUCAUCGUCAUCAUGGCCAUUAUGAUCUCCGCGCAAGGAAUGGGUCGUUCGUCAACGUUCACGACCCACAUCGCGAAGGGCAAAUUCGCCGCGUUCAAGACGUUCGAGCUGCUGGACCGCAAAACGGAGAUUGACCCUGACGCACCUGGAUACUCCCACGACACCAUUGAAGGAGAGUUUGAGUUCAAGGACGUCGCGUUUACCUACCCCGCGCGUCCCGACCAGCCUAUCUUCACCGGUGGGUUCAACCUCGCCGGCAAGACCCGCCAAACAGUUGCCCUCGUCGGCCCCUCCGGGUGCGGCAAGUCAACGACCAUCGGCAUGCUACAACGGUGGUACGACGCAAAAGAAGGCACGGUCUCCGUCGACGGGCAGAACGUCAAGAGUUACCAGCUGAAAGAAGGCUUGAGGCGGCAUAUGGCGCUUGUAGGGCAGGAACCGGUAUUGUUUGAUAUGAGUAUUCGGGAGAAUAUCAUGUGGGGAACGGAUCGGGAGGAUGUGACUGAGGAGGAGAUGAUGGAGGCGGCCAAGAUGGCGAAUAUUUAUACUUUUGCCAGUGAGUUACCUCAAGGCUUUGACACCCCCGUCGGAGACAAAGGCGGACAACUCUCCGGAGGUCAGAAGCAACGAGUCGCCAUUGCCCGCGCCCUCAUCCGCAAACCCAAACUCCUCCUCCUCGACGAAGCGACCUCCGCACUGGACUCUGAAUCCGAGAAACUGGUCCAAGAAGCCCUCGACCGCGCCGUCGAAGGCCGCACGACCGUCGUGAUCGCGCACCGUCUCUCGACGAUCCAGAACGCCGAUAUUAUCGCCGUUGUAAAUAACGGACGCGUCGUGGAGCAGGGCACGCAUUUUGAGCUGUUGGAUUUGAAUGGGGUUUAUACGGAUUUGGUUAAACAGCAGGAUUUGAAUGUUCUUGCUUAGGUGAUAUCGGGUGGAUGGGACGGUAGUAGAUGCGCAGAGCGUAGCUCCUCAGAUAUUUUGUCUUUUUCACUACGUAGUCGACGGACGUUUUCAUUUUGCUGCAUACUCCACUUUACUACUGCACUCUUCAUGCAUUAAUCGUGUUCAUUCUUAAUGAGAAUCUUAUUUACUUG